GCGGGAGCGCUUCCGGCGCGGCCGGAGGGGACCGAGGGCGGCGGCGGCGGCGGGACCGGCCCCGGGGUGGGGGGGGAACGGGCCGGGGGGGCCAUGGUGGGGGGGGGUCCCAUAUAGGGCCCAUAGAGGGAGCGGGGGGGGGGGGUAACAGCGGCAGAACCGGCCCCAGGAGCCCCAACAGCCCCGGGGGAGGCCACUCCUCCCCCGCGCAGCUCCGCCUUCACCCCCCUCCCCCCCCCAUGGGCGUCGGGCGAGAACGGGACCGGCACCGAGUGCAGGCCCCCCCGGACGCGCCCCCCCCCGCGCCCCCAAUGCCGGAGGAGCCGCUUCUUGAGGGGGACUUCGGGGGCCCCCCAGGCGGGGGGGGGGGGGGCGGCGCGGGGGGUCCCCGCUUCCACCUGUGUCUGACCCGCACCGAGCUGCGGGUGUGGGGGGGGGGCGCGGGGGGGCCCGGGGGGGCGCCCCCGGAGGCGCUGCCCAUGGCGGAUGUGAUCGGGUGCCACACGCUGCGCGCCCCGGGGCUCCCCUCCGCAGCCUUCUUCGCGGUGUACGCGUACCCCCCCCGCGGCAGGGCGGGGCCGGGCGGGGCGCGGCGCCGCCGCCGGGCCCCCACGUUCCGGGUGGAUGCGGAGCCCCGGUACGAAGGGAACCGGGCGACGGCGGAACGAUGGGCCAGGGUCAUCCGGUGCCUCGUGCGGGGGCUGCCGCUGCCGCCCCCUGCCGAGCUCCCCCCGGAGCCGCGGCGCCGGCGGCUGCUGCUGCUGCUGAACCCCUUUGGGGGCCGGGGCCGGGCCCUGAGCUGGUGCCAGAGCCACGUCCUGCCCAUGGUCAGCGAGGCCGACAUCAGCUUCAACCUCAUCCAGACCGAGCGGGCGAACCACGCACGGGAGCUGGUGGCCGGGCUCAGCCUGGAUGAAUGGGACGGGAUCGUCACCGCCUCCGGGGACGGGCUCCUCUAUGAGGUGGUGAAUGGGCUCCUGGCCCGGCCCGACUGGGCAGCGGCGCUGCGCAUCCCGCUGGGAAUCCUGCCCUGUGGGUCCGGGAAUGGGCUGGCGGCCGCCAUCAACUGCCACUGCGGGCUGUCCCCGGCGCUGGGGCUGUCGCUGCUGCAGAACUGCGCGGUGCUGCUGUGCCGGGGGGCGCCGGAGCCGCCGCGCCUCGACCUGGUGUCGGUGACCACGGCGUCGGGGCAGCGGCACUUCUCCUUCCUGGCCGUGGCCUGGGGGCUGGUGGCCGACGUGGACACGGGCAGCGAGUGGCUGCGGCGCCUGGGCCCGGCGCGCUUCGCCCUGGGCGCGGCAGCGCGGCUGCUGGCGCUGCCCCGGUACCGCGGCCGCCUCAGCUACCUGCCCGCGCUGCCCCGCAGCGCCACCGCGGCCACCGGCGCGGCCGCAGCGAGCGGCGCCGCCACCGCCGCGCUGCCCCGCGCCCUCAGCGAGCCCGGGCUCGGCGGGGACUGGGCGGGCAGCCCCGGCGGGGGAGGAAGCGCAGGGGGUGGAGAUGGCGAGGUGCAGGGAGCCAACUCCAUGGGGAUGGAUACCUCAAGGGAUGGGGAUACCCCGAGAGAUGGGGAUACCCCAAGAGAUGGAGAUGCCCCAAGCGAUGGAGCCACCAAUGUCCAUGGAGCCACUUCGAUGUAUGGGGACACCCCAAGUGAUGGAGACACCCCAAGGGAUGGAGACACCCCAAGGGAUGGAGCCACCUCAGUGUGUGGGAACACCCCAAGUGAUGGAGACACCCCAAGCAAUGGAGCCACCAAUGUUCAUGGAGCCACCUCAAUAGGUGGGGACACCCCAAGUGAUGGAGCCACCCCAAGGGAUGGAGCCACCAAUGUCCAUGGAGGCACCCAAAAUGAUGGGGAUACCCCCAACAUGGAGACACCCCAAGUGAUGGAGAUACCCCAUGUGACGGAGCCACCAAUGUCCAUGGAGCCACCAAGGUGCACAGUGCCACCUCAAUGGGAAUGGGCACCCCAAGUGAUGGAGCCACCCCAAAUGAUGCCGACACCCCAAAUGACAGAGACACCCCAAGCGAAGGAGGCACCAAUGUCCAUGGAGCCACCUCAACAUAUGUGGACACCCCAAGUGACAGAGCCACCCCAAAUGACACCAACACCCCAAGCGCUGGAGCCCCCAACACUCACGGCACCGCCUCAACCCAUGCCCCCCCCCCCAAGCGCCGGCCCCUCCGCUCCCCCCGGCCCCAUCGACGACCUCCUGCCGCCGCUGGGGCAGCCGCUGCCCGCGGGGUGGGUGACCCUGGAGGGGGACUUCGUGCUGGUGCUCGCCAUGGCCCAGUCCCACCUGGGCGCGGAGCUGGUGGCGGCGCCGCUCGCCCGCCCCGACGACGGGCUCCUCCACGUGUGCUACGUGCGGGGGGGGGUGUCGCGGGCCGCGCUGCUGCGGGCGCUGCUGGCCAUGGCCCGGGGUGGGGCCGGACCCCCCUGCGCCGUGUCCCGUGUCCCGGCCCGGGCGUUCCGCCUGGAGCCGCUGUCCCCCCGCGGGACGCUGACGGUGGACGGGGAGCGGGUGGAGUACGGCCCCGUGCAGGGGCAGGUGCACCGCGGGCUGGCGCGGCUGCUCACACCGCCCCCCCCGCCGUGAGGUGGGGCGGCCCAGGGGGACGGGGGGGAGACAUGGGCGGGACGGACCAAGGGGCAGCGGAUUCGGGGGCACCCAUCGAUGGGACAGGGGAGCCCAUAGGCAGGAUGGACCAAGGACAGGGGAUAGGGGGGACCCAUAGAUGGGACGGACCAAGGGGCAGGGGAUGGGUGGGGACCCAUAGAUGGGACGGACCAAGGGACAGGGUAUGGGGGGGGAACCUAGAGAUGGGACAGGGAAACCCAUAGGCGGGACAGCACAAGGACACGGGAUGGGGGGUACCCAUAGAUGGGACGGCCCAAGGGACAGGGGAUGGGGGGGACCAUAGAUGGGACGGCCCAAGGACAGGGAAUGGGGGGGACCCAUAGAUGGGACAGGGGGACCCAUAGGCGGGACGGCCCAAGGACAGGGGAUGGGGGGGACACCCACAGAUGGGACAGGGGGACCUAUAGGCGGGACGGCCCAAAUGACAGGGGAUAGGGGGGACCCAUAGAUGGGACGGCCCAAGGACAGGGGAUGGGGGGGACCCAUAGAUGGGACGGUCCAAGUGGUCAGGCCCCCCCCAUUGGGUGGCCCCGAGGUCUGGGGGGGGGGAGACCCAGAGGGUUGGGGGGGCUCAAAGGACCCCGUUAUUACCCCCCCUCCUUGUGCUAUGCAAUAAAGUGCAACAGUGGACAGA